AUGGAAUGGAAUGGUAAUCUUCGUGUGCCUGUUGUUUCUCGACCGGAUCAUUCUUUCGGCUUUCUCUACAACUAUAAUUACGAUCAAUUUCCAGGUUUAGAGAUGAACUCAGUGCAGACACAACACGAAGUGCUCCCAACAAUGAACAAGAUGAACAAUUAUGGGUGCAGCCAAGAGAAGAAGAAAAGAAUGAGCAGUGAGCAGUUGGAGUCGUUGGAGAAUAGUUUUCAAGAGGAGAUUAAACUGCNCAGCCAAGAGAAGAAGAAAAGAUUGAGCAGUGAGCAGUUGGAGUCGUUGGAGAAUAGUUUUCAAGAGGAGAUUAAGCUGGACCCUGAGAGGAAAAUGAAGCUGGCCAAGGAACUCGGGCUGCAGCCUCGGCAAAUUGCGGUCUGGUUCCAGAAUAGGAGGGCUCGGUGGAAGGCGCAGCAGCUUGAACACUUGUACGAUGCGCUUAAGCAAGAGUUUGAUAAUGUAUCUAGGGAGAAGCAGAAGCUUCUAGAAGAGGUUAUGGCAUUGAGGGAAAUACUCAAGGAACAAGUAACAAAGAAGCAAGUGUGCACAGGUUACAAUGCAGAAGUUUCGGGCGAAGAGAUGGUCGAAAGCACAUCGAUUCCUACCUCCUCCGAUAAGCCUAGAGGAUCAAGCAGUACUCAUCAGAACAUCCCAGAUCAGUCCAACUAUGUUCUAAACGUGGAUGACUAUAAUCAGAUCAUGCCUUCAUAUUGGAAUGUUCUGCAGCCUUCUUGUCCUUGA